AUGCCUGGGGCUGGGGCGGCAUCGCCGGCUUUUGGCUCCGCCUGGCCCGAGCCCGGCCCCGGCCCCGAGCCCGACCCCGAGCUCGGCCCCGGCUCCUCCCGGGGCCCGCGGAGGACACACGCGGUGUUGCCGCUCCCGCCACCUCCGCUGCGGCUUGCCCGGCCCGAGCUCCCCCGGCCCGAGCUCCGCCGCUGUCCCGUUGCAGGGAGCGAACGCCGGGGCAUGGCCGGGCCGGGGCGGGUGGCCAUCGAAAGGGUGCCACAGAACCGCGUCCAUCACUGGGGUGAGCUGCCCGACGGCACCAGCGCACCCCUGGAGAUUGUGCUGCAGGUCAAGGUGUCCAAUGGCUUCUCCGGUGUGGUCCAGCUGCUGGAGUGGGUUGAGCUCCCCAACGACAUUGUGAUGGUGCUGGAGCGCCCAGAGCACUCUCAGGACCUGCACCGUUUCAUUCGGGCACGGGGGUUCCUGUCCGAGGAGGUGGCGCGACAGCUGUUCCGCCAGGUGCUGGAGGCCGUGCGGCACUGCACCAGCUGCAGGGUCCUGCACAGGGAUAUCAAGCCAGAAAACAUCCUCAUUGACCUGGCCACCGGGCAAGCCAAACUGAUUGAUUUCAGCUGUGGCACCUACCUGCAAAAGACAGCCUACAUUCAUUUUGCAGGAACACCAUCAUACAGCCCCCCGGAAUGGACCCAUUUUGGCUGGUACUAUGGCGAGCCAGCUACCAUCUGGUCCCUGGGCAUCGUGCUGCACCAGAUGGUCUGCGGGGAGCACCCUUUCAGGAGGGGCCAGAACAUCAGCUGGGACCAUCAGCUCUCGCUGCCACAACGGCUCUCUCCAGAGUGCCAAGAUCUCAUCAGGUGGUGUUUAUCCAUGCCGGACGUGGAAAGGCCCUCAUUAGAAGAGGUGUUCUGUCAUCCUUGGAUGCAGGAUAUUCAUCUGCCCUAGAAGAAGGGAGAGAGCCACAGGCACACUGUGCUGCAGGGCCCUGGUACUUUUGCAGGGCUGCUUUGCUGUGCAGAGGAAGCGUUCCAGGUGGGGUCCAGUCUGGAUUGGGAAGUGCUUGGGACCAGCUGUGGCGUGGAUGGGCCGUGCCCUUGGAGCAGGCUGAGGACAUCGUUUGGGACCAGCUUUUCUUCCAGCCGUGGAUGGCGUGAGCCAGGCUCUGCGGAUGCUGAAGCUGCUCUGGGCUCUGGCAGGGCUCUGCUGGAGCUCAGCACCAGGCUGGAAUCAGCCAAAGAAGAAAUGGUGUCACCUGCAGCACAGACUUGCUUGAGCAUUUUGGCAACACAGCUCAAGUUUGCAGAGUGUACACCUCCAAGGGAAAACAUGACACCUCCCAAAAAUUAAACUUGUUCAAUACCUUCUGAAAUCAAAUCAAUCUGGGAUGACUACAAAUGACAUUUCUCAGCUUUCUCAAGAUGUAGCUCAGCCCUUCUCUGAACAGUUCUCUCCCCCACCUGCCUUUUACUUUUCAACUGCUCCCUAUUUUCCCCCAAUAAGUUACCAACCUGUUGCAGUCUCCAUCACUCUUGUUGCCUUCCUUGAUGCCCCUGACCACAAGGAAGGCCAAGCCCCCAGGUUUAGGGACUCAUGCUGUCAGUGGCUGAGGAGCAGCAGUGUCUCAGAGGUCCAGUGGGAUUUUAGUGUCAUUCAGAGCCACUCUCCAGCCCUCAGCUCUCCUCACUGCUGAGUUCCCACUCCCUUUUCUUCAUCUUUGCAGCAGGAUGAGCUCUGUGAAUCCCCUUGAGCCUCCCCACUCUUCCCAGCCCACGCAGCCACCUCA